AUGGCCACCGGCAGCAGCAAGUGGUGGCAAGGGCCAAUGGACUUCCCGCCGCAGCCGCAGCCGCAGCCGCUGCAGAUGCAGCAGCAUCAUCAGCACCAGCACCAGCAGCUGCAGCUGCCGGCGGUGACCAUGCCGGCGCCGACGCCGGCCCCAGCGGUGGCCGCCCCGGCCGCCUCGCCGGAGAGCAAGCAGCAACAGGGCCAGGGCCAGGGCGAGGGGCAGAUGGGCGCGGCGGCGGGGGCCAUCGUGCCACUGCGGAGGCCGCGGGGCCGGCCGAUGGGGUCCAAGAACAAGCCCAAGCCGCCGAUAAUCAUCACGCGCGACAGCCCCGACGCGCUCCACUCGCACAUCCUGGAGGUGGCCCCCGGCGCCGACGUCGCGGCGUGCGUGGCCGAGUACGCGCGCCGCCGCGGCCGGGGCGUCUGCGUGCUGGGCGCGUCCGGCUCCGUCGUGGACGUCGUCGUGCGCGGCGCGGCCUCGGCGGCGCCGCUCCCGGGGCGCUUCGAGCUCCUCUCCAUGACCGGCACCGUGCUCCCGCCCCCGGCGCCGUCCGAGGCGUCCGGCCUCGCGGUCAUGCUCUCCGCCGGGCAGGGCCAGGUCCUCGGGGGGUGCGUCGUGGGGCCGCUCGUCGCCGCCGGGCCAGUCACCCUCUUCGCCGCCACCUUCGCCAACGCCGUCUACGAGCGCCUGCCCCUCCAGGACGGCGCCGACGCCGACGUCAAGCCCGACCUCUCCACCGCCCCCGACGCCUCGGUCCCGCAAGAAGUGCAAGCGCAGCAGCCACUGGCGAUCUCCCAGGCCAUGGCCAUGGGCGCGGGCUACCCUGACCACCGCUCACCUCAGUACCUGUGGGGAGGCCACCAGGGAGGCGGCAUCUGA